AUGUCUACUAUGACCCCUACUGCCUUGAGACAGGCAUCCCGGGCUUACGCCCGUCGGCUUUUGUCGACUCCGCAUGGCUCGCUGACGGCAUCCCUGCCCCGGCGGGUGGUCGCCACCAGCGCUGCUAUCCCCAGACGCUCGUACGUCUCCGAAACCAAGGCUGGAAACGCCCAGGUUACGGUGGACACGGCCAUCAAGCAGGACCAGAAGGCUUUUGUGAACCAGACUGGACUUAAUGCACAGAAGGUUAACCUUCCUGGAUCGGGCAUCUCCGGCGAUGCGUCCAUGAGCCCUACCGCCGGCAUUUUGAAGCAGGCGACGGUUAUGGACCAAGGCACCCGCCCUGUCUACCUCGAUAUGCAGGCAACGACCCCGACGGAUCCCCGUGUCCUUGACGCCAUGCUUCCUUACCUUACCGGCAUCUACGGAAACCCCCAUUCAAGAACUCACGCCUACGGCUGGGAGUCCGAGAAAGCCGUCGAACAAGCCAGAGAACACGUCGCCAAGCUUAUCGGCGCCGACCCCAAGGAAAUUAUCUUCACAAGCGGCGCUACUGAGAGUAACAACAUGAGCAUCAAGGGUGUCGCCAGAUUCUUCGGUCGCUCUGGCAAGAAGAAGCACAUCAUCACCACCCAGACUGAGCACAAGUGUGUUUUGGACAGCUGCAGGCACUUGCAGGACGAGGGAUUCGAUGUGACAUACCUGCCUGUGCAGAGCAAUGGAUUGAUCCGGAUGGAGGAGUUGGAGGCCGCCAUUCGCCCCGAUACUGCCCUUGUCAGUAUCAUGGCUGUCAACAACGAGAUUGGUGUCAUUCAGCCCAUGGAGGAGAUCGGAAAGCUUUGCCGCUCGAAGAAGAUCUUCUUCCACACCGACGGUGCCCAGGCUGUGGGCAAGAUCCCCCUGGAUGUCAACAAGCUCAACAUUGAUUUGAUGUCGAUUUCCAGCCACAAGAUCUAUGGCCCCAAGGGUAUGGGUGCGUGCUAUGUUCGCCGUAGGCCCAGAGUUCGUCUCGAGCCUAUCAUUUCCGGAGGUGGACAGGAGAGAGGUCUCCGCAGUGGCACCAUUGCCCCCCACCUUGUAGUCGGAUUUGGUGAGGCUUGCCGUAUUGCAUAUGAAGACAUGGAGUAUGACUCCAAGCACAUCGCAAGGCUCUCGAAGCGCCUGAGCGACGGCCUCUUGGCCAUGGAACACACCACGCUCAACGGUGAUCCUGACCGCCACUACCCCGGUUGUGUUAACAUCUCCUUUGCCUACAUUGAAGGCGAGUCGCUUCUGAUGGCUCUGAAGGACAUUGCCCUCUCAUCUGGCAGUGCCUGUACGUCCGCCUCUUUGGAACCCAGCUACGUCCUGCGGGCUCUGGGCAGCAGCGACGAGAGCGCCCACAGCAGUAUCCGGUUCGGUAUUGGUCGGUUCACGACCGACAGUGAGAUUGACUACGUGCUCAAGGCGGUGCAAGACCGCGUCCACUUCCUGCGGGAGCUGAGCCCGCUGUGGGAGAUGGUUCAGGAGGGUAUCGAUUUGAACUCGAUUGAAUGGAGCCAGCACUAA